AUGACCGGAGCACCUCAGGCUUUCAAUUCCGACAAAGUUCUCCUCUGUAGUAAAAGUGGAGGGCGCGACCAUAAAGCCAACGCGGGGGAGUUCAUUGACCUGGAGGUGAGCUGCAAGCUCACGCUGAUGAGCAAGGAGGUGGCCAGAGGUGUGCGGUAUAUAAACAGGGGAGAGCCUUGCUCCCGACACCUUGCUUUUCCCUCAGCAUCUCUGCUCUCGCUGCCUCUAAACACCAACACCAACAGAAUGGCCUUCGCCGGAAAAUGGGAAACCGAGAACCAGGAGGGGUACGACGUGUUCUGCAAGCUGCUCGGUAUUCCCGAUGAUGUCAUCGAGAAGGGCCGUGACUACAAGCUGAUCACAGAGGUCACCCAGGACGGGGAUAACUUCUCCUGGACCCAGAUCUACCCCACCAACGCCAAGGUCACCAACAAGUUCACCAUCGGCAAGGAGUGCGACAUGGAGACCAUCGGAGGAAAGAAAUUCAAGGCCACCGUGCACAUGGAGGGAGGCAAGCUGAGUGUGGCCUUCCCCAACUACCACCACACCUCUGAGAUCAGCGGAGGCAAGCUCAUCGAGACCUCCAAAGCCGGCUCUGUAGUGCUGAAGAGAACCAGCAAGAAGAUCUAACUGCUAACUGACCUUUGACUUCUUGAACAGUUACGAUGGAGACCUCAGCUACUACUGUAAUAAAUAAAUAAAAGAAUAUGAUACAAACA